CGAAAAUGAUGUUCCAACUCACUCUUACUAAUUUGGCAGCGAUGCUUGCAUUUUCGCCUGCGGUCCUGGGUUUUACUACCCCUUGUAUUUAUCAAGGAUACACGUGUGGUUAUACGAUGAUUGCUACCUACGGGUAUAAUAACACUGAGUUAACCACCGCGGUGAACAAAACUUCUAUUAUUCCUCCGCUCGCUGAUACCCAGCUGCUUCAGGUCCUCUACCGCUGUGUGGACACCAACGGCACUAUUGCAGGAAAUUCUCUUUGCAUUGCUGGUUGUAUCUCCAUGAAUUCAACCACUCUGGAUGACCAGUGUGCCUUGUAAUUCCUGGGUAACAGUGAUACUCUGUCUCUUUAAAUUAUCUAGAUGGAGAUACUUUGGAGCUAUUCCCUACCUAGAGGUUCUUUAGGAAAGCACUAGGCCAGGGGCGAGCGCAGUUAGGAAUCUGAAAGCUUAGCUUGAAUAAAGUCCAACUAAUUUAGGCUACUUUUAUUAUACUAACUUAUUACUGUAAGACUCUGCCCUUCCCUUUUAACUAUCGGAUAGGUCAUAAGGGAAUAAACCUUUAUUUCCUUUAUGCUAGCUGAGACAGUGGGGUACAAUGCC